CUGUCAUCGCAAGGUCGCGUUUUCAUUUUCGAUUUUUUUUCUCUCGCGAAACCGAUUUCAAAACAUCACCGGACCGGGAUAUAUCCUAUGUCCCACAUUUUUGGUGAAAAUGCUCGCGAGUCAGUAAAGUGAUGCAGCGAAUUGUGAUCAAUGGCCGUGUGUGGUACGAAUCUGCACGUCGCCUGGUCCAAUACAGGUCACAGUGCCCAUCGAUAGGACACCUUCAAAUAGUUCGAUUGUAUGUUAACAAAGCACCAAUUAGUCAAAUCAAUGCAUCGUUAGCCAAAGCAGCUCCCGGUUCCAAAGAUGAGACGCAGCAGAAAAUACCGCAGUCUGUUCAGCUCAUAACUCCAGUCUCAGUGGACACAAAAGCUUUCAUAGAAUUUGGCAAACCAGUCAAUCUAGAAAAUAAUGUACCCGGAAAUAAUAGUGAGGUGGCGGCCUCCGUUGCGUCCCUGCCUAGUUUUAGUCGGUUGAUUUACCACUACCUGAUGUUGUCAAAAAUCAGACUGACUUCACUUGUAGUAAUGACAACGAUGGCAGGCUAUGCUAUGGCCCCAGCCCCAUUCGAACUGUCAACAUUUUUACUCUGUUCGCUAGGAACAACACUUGUGUCCGGUGCUGCUAACUCGAUCAACCAGGUGAUAGAAACAUCGUUUGAUGCACAAAUGGCACGCACACGUAACCGAGUCCUUGUCAAAGGUUAUCUGACACGCCUUCACGCUGUUGGAUUCGCCUUAGGCGCCAGUACCGUUGGAAUUAGUAUGCUGCACUUUGGCGUAAACGAACUGACUGCUAUUUUAGGUGCAGCGAAUUUAAUUCUUUACACCAGCAUCUACACUCCCAUGAAGCGCUACAGUAUUCUUAACACGUGGGUUGGGUCAUUGGUUGGGGCGAUACCACCUCUAAUGGGUUGGGCUGCAUGUACAGGAGAUAUCGGCGCCGGAGCUUGGAUUCUUGCCGGACUAUUGUAUUGCUGGCAGUUUCCCCAUUUCAAUGCUCUUUCAUGGAACAUUCGUCCGGAAUACCUGAAAGCUGGCUAUAAAAUGAUGGCUAAUUCACAUCCUCAAUUAUGCACGCGGGUUUCUUUGCGCCACACUGGGUACAUCACUGUGCUGUCGCUAUUGGCUCCGGCGUUGGACGUUACUAACGUUUGGUUCGCCGUUGAAAGUUUGCCAUUGAACGCUUACUUCGGUUAUCUUGCCUGGGAGUUUCAUCAGAAAGCCGAUAGCAAAAGUUCUCGAAAAUUGUUUCGAUUUUCUCUAUUACAUCUGCCUCUAUUAAUGACACUGUUCCUUCUUAAUAAAAAAUACUGGGUAUUCUCACAGGAGAAGACCGUCGAAGAUUCUGCUGCAGCACUAGUUGUACACGGCGAGGAUGAAGUUGCAACGUUCAGCAGACCGCAAAAUAAGUCAGACGUUUAUCUAGUACCGAAAACCGUAGCUGAAGUGGGGAACCUGAGUUCCGCAACUGACAGCAUUAAAACCAUCGAAGAUAAUUUGCUGUCCAAUGUCGCUGUUGUCCUACCGACGGCAAGCAACAAGCAGAAGCUGUGACGCUGAUAGGAAUGUUUUUAUGCAGAUAAAGAAAAUGUAUAAUAAAAUUAUAUAAAAUAAACGAAACGCUGCUUGUGAUUCACGAAAA